UCAGACACUGAGACAGAGCAGGAGGUGAACAUGUCUCACCGGCUGCGUCUGUACUUUGGCUCUGGCCGCAGCAACACAGCUCCAGAAAUGGAGGAGCUGGAAGGGCCGUCCCAGGCCCAGACCCAGGACGGAAACGAUGUCGCCAUGACAUUCCACAUGCAGCAGCCUCACCGGCCUCAGCGCUGGAGCAGCCCAGAAUCAACUACCUUCUCCUGGUGUCCUGAGAGAGAUCUGCCUAUGAGGGCCUUCUCUGUGCCUUGGCAACGGCCUGAGAGAGAGAUCUACUUUGGGCCUCGUCCCGUGUCUGAGAGCCCCCUGGCUGGUCAUGGAGGUCCUGGAGACUCCUCACUCAAACGAAGCUCCUCCAUGUUUAUACCCCAGCUGACUUCUGCCGAGCCACGGCCCACAAAGAGUUCCUCUAUGCAGAUCUCUCUCCAACGGUCCUCCGGUGCUGGGCCUGUUGGAGCUGAAGAGCCACCGCCAUGUCCGCCACCCAGCUACACCCCGGGACCUGCUCCGGCCUACACAGAACCAGACAGGAACUACCACUACGCUCUACCACCACCACCACCUCACUACAGGCGAGACGCUUCAUCUACGGUCAGUUCACCACCUCACUACAGGCGAGACGCUUCAUCUACGGUCAGUUCACCACCUCACUACAGGCGAGAUGCUUCAUCUACGGUCAGUUCACCACCUCACUACAGGCGAGACGCUUCAUCUACGGUCAGUUCACCACCUCACUACAGGCGAGAUGCUUCAUCUACGGUCAGUUCACCACCUCACUACAGGCGAGAUGCUUCAUCUACGGUCAGUUCACCACCUCACUACAGCCGAGAAGCUUCAGGGAGCUCCAGUUCUGCCAUGCCUCAUAAUGGGAAUCGACAGCCCACAGAGCCUGCUCAACCCAAGCGAAGGGUAUUCUGCGUCACACCCCAAGAUGGCUUAAACUCAAGCGGUCAGGUCAGCUCAACUAUGUCUAACGGAAAUGGAGGCUCACCGGGAAUCAGCAUCGGAGGCUUCCACAUCUCAAGGAACUCCUCAGAUGGAUCUGAAGUCCAGCAGUUCAGGAUCGGCUAUGGCUCUGGCAACCAAGGAGCUGGGCCCCGCCGCUGGUCCGUCCAGCAGCAGAACUCUGACCCGGGUCAACCUGGCACCACUCAAAGGCUUGUGUUCCAGCUUGGACAGCAGGACCAAGCCAGACAGGCCAACAAUAUGAACCUUGUGGCCACAAGUGAGCCCACCGAUCUGGGCAUCACUGGCUCCAAGGGAGGGCGUGUGGUACGUUACCCCAAGAUCCGGUUGGAGAGAAGCUCUUCGCAUCAGCGGCUGCCCCGUGGGAACCACCAGACGUUCGGUGAUGUUGGGGAUCCUCAGGGCAUUGAAGGAAACCCUUCAGAGAUGGACGGUCAAAGUAUGGAUAUUGAAGAUGGCUGUACUUUCAACAUCAGGAGAGAACCCCGCAAGCGGCAGCCUCACUUCAAGAUUUCUUUCAGUCAGAAUGGUGAUCCCCCUACCGUACAGGAUAUAAGCCUGGGAAAUGGUCAGACGCGGGAUGAUUUCCUGGGACAGGUCGAUGUGCCUCUCAAUCAUUUACCGACCGAGGAUCCUACGAUGGAGCGGCCGUACACGUUUAAAGAUUUCCUCCUACGGCCACGAAGGUCAGUUCCAGACUACCGACGAAGCCAUAAGUCCCGGGUGAAGGGUUAUCUACGGCUAAAGAUGGCCUACCUUCCAAAGACUGGAAGUCCGGAGGAAGAGACCACUGAAGGGAUUACCAGGGAGGAGGCGGAGGGCUGGGAGGUGAACGACUCUGCCGAUCCCAGCGUCCAGAGGCCCCAGGCGGUCCAGCCCCCACUGCCCCCAGGAUGGGAGGAGAAGGUUGAUAACCUGGGCAGAACCUACUACGUCAACCACAACAACCGCUAUACACAGUGGAAACGACCCAGUAACGUGGAUGAUAUUUCGGAGGUGGAGAAUGACAAUCAACAGCGGGCGAACAGCAUCCAGGCCCACCGGGUUUUCAGGUCCAGACGACACAUCUCUGAAGACCUGGAGAACGAACACACAGAACCCAGAGACAUGGAAGAUUCAUGGGAGCCAAUCACUGAAGAGAGUCCAGACGGCCCCCUACCUGGCCCCUCCUCCUCAAUGGCGACGGCCAUCCCCCAAACGCCUGCCCCCCCGCCCCUCCAGGAGUUCUCAGAGGAGAUCAACCUGCACCUCUCUCUCUCUCCAACCCCAUCCGGCCCCCCGCCUGACAUCAACGGAGAGGUGGCCGCCCCCAGCCACGCCUCUGCUGUGCAGAGUCAUCUGUCCUCCAGGCUGCGCUCCUCCAGUAUGACAGAUGGGGUCAGUGACCAGGCCCAGCCUCCUCCUCCAGCGCAGAGCUCCCAGACCAGAAGAACCAGAGCUCUAACAGUCACUGGAGUUGAGGAGCCCAUGUCUCAGUCGGCAGCCUAUGCCCUGACCACACCAGGCCUACCUCCAGGAUGGGAGGAGAGGAAGGACGCCAAGGGACGCACGUAUUACGUCAAUCAUAACAACCGCUGCACCACCUGGACCAAGCCUAUCCUCCAGCACGCUGAAGACGAGGCGAGUUCCUCUGACUCCGGGGCUGCAGCUGAAGCCGCCUCCACCUCUUCCUCAGCCAACAACAAUAGCCACCUGAUUGAACCGCAAAUACGCCGCGCCCGUAGUCUCAGUUCCCCUACCGUUACCCUGUCCUCCCCCUUAGAGGGGGCGGCCAACAACAUAGCUGUGCGUCGGGCGGUGAAGGACACCCUCUCCAACCCCCAGUCCCCCCAGCCCUCCCCCUACAGCUCCCCCAAAUCAGGACAUCAGUCCCAGCAGAGCUUCCUGCCCCCGGGGUGGGAGAUGAGGAUAGCACCCAACGGAAGACCCUUCUUCAUUGACCACAACAGCAGGCUCACCACAUGGGAGGACCCGAGGUUGAAGUAUCCAGUCCACAUGAGAACAAAGGCCUCUCUGGAGCCUGGUGACCUGGGGCCUCUUCCUCCUGGCUGGGAGGAACGGGUGCAUGCAGACGGCAGGACCUUCUACAUUGACCACAACACCAAAGCCACUCAAUGGGAGGAUCCUCGUCUACAGAGUCCUGCUAUCACAGGGCCUGCUGUGCCAUACUCUAGAGAAUUCAAACAGAAAUACGAUUACUUCAGAAAGAAGUUGAAGAAACCGGCGGACAUCCCGAACAGGUUUGAGAUGAAGCUGCACAGGACCAACAUCUUUGAGGAGUCGUAUCGCCGUAUCAUGUCUCUGAAGAGACCAGAUAUCCUGAAGGCCCGUCUCUGGAUCGAGUUUGAGUCAGAGAAGGGGCUGGACUACGGAGGUGUGGCCAGGGAGUGGUUCUUCCUGUUGUCUAAGGAGAUGUUCAACCCUUACUAUGGACUCUUUGAAUACUCAGCCACAGAUAACUACACAUUACAGAUCAACCCUAACUCUGGGCUGUGUAACGAGGACCACCUCUCAUACUUCAAGUUCAUUGGUCGAGUGGCAGGGAUGGCCGUGUUCCAUGGGAAGCUAUUGGACGGCUUCUUCAUCAGACCAUUCUACAAGAUGAUGCUCGGGAAGCAGAUCACACUGAAAGACAUGGAGUCAGUGGACAGUGAAUACUACAACUCUCUGAAGUGGAUCCUGGAGAAUGAUCCUACUGAGCUGGACCUGCGGUUCUGUAUCGAUGAGGAUAACUUUGGACAGACGUAUCAGGUGGAUCUGAAACCCAGUGGUGGUGACAUGGUGGUGACCAACCACAACAAAAUGGAAUACAUCGAUCUUGUCAUUCAGUGGAGGUUUGUGAACCGAGUCCAGAAACAGAUGAAUGCCUUCUUGGAGGGAUUCACUGAACUCACACUCAUCGACCUCAUCAAGAUAUUUGAUGAAAACGAGCUUGAGCUGUUGAUGUGUGGUCUGGGUGACGUGGAUGUGAAUGACUGGAGACAACACACCGUCUACAAGAACGGGUACUGCCCCAACCACCCAGUUAUACAGUGGUUCUGGAAGGCUGUCCUGCUGAUGGAUGCUGAGAAGAGGAUUCGUCUGCUUCAGUUUGUCACCGGGACAUCCAGAGUCCCUAUGAACGGCUUUGCUGAACUCUAUGGUUCCAAUGGGCCUCAGCUGUUCACCAUUGAGCAGUGGGGAACAGCUGAUAAGCUUCCCAGAGCACACACCUGCUUCAACAGGCUGGACCUGCCUACCUACGAGUCGUUUGAUGACCUCAGAGAGAGGCUACUGAUGGCUGUGGAGAACGCUCAAGGCUUCGAGGGUGUCGAUUAAACUAACGUCAGCCAUCUUGGUUGAAUACCACUACAGAGACGACACACCACCACAGGACAGAACGUUUAAAAAACAACUGCCACAGAACGUUCCAAAAAAAACAACUGUCUAACUGCCGUUCUACAGCUGCAGACAGUGGCCGUAGCAGGGUCUACCUGCAAGCAUGUUAUAUGCACAUGAUCAACCACCGAGGUUACUCUGAGACUGUAGUGAAUGUGACAGAGACAACGAGCCGUGUCUGUCUUCUCCUAUGUCAAGGUGCUGGGGAACAUGGCCACUACAGUGCAGCCACUACAGUGCAGCCAAUGCAAAACACUGCACCCCUGUCUGAAAUCUGCAGUGCUGGAAUCUCUGAUGCUUUUCAAUAUGAAUAUCUCUCCUGUUGUAUUUGACACCCACCAUCCCAGUGACUCUGCUGUGGAGUGCAUAGCCUAACCUGCUGGUUACUGCAUUCUGUAUGAAAUUACUACUCCUCUCUCCAAGUUAACAUGCUGGAUCCUGCAUUGUGUAUAUAUAAUCACUGAUCGAUUGGAAUCCUGCAUUGAUCAAUCACUACUUAAACUCCUCUCCAGGUUACCUUACUACUACAGUACUACACCACCAGAUAACCUUAGGAAUGCUAACCAAUCACAGAUUCACUAAUGAGGAUAUAAGCCUAGCCGUGUCUCUCUCACUGUUCGACUACUAUGCCUGCCUGGUCCCACCUCUCUCCCUCCCUUCCUCUCUCUACCUCCCCCCUCCCUCCAUUCCUCUCUCUACCUCUCUCCCUAUCCCUCU